AUAAGGUGGGAUGAUUUCAGCGAUCGAGACGCCAUCUGUCAGUGCUACCAGUUUCGUGAAAGUAAACCAAUGUAUGUGACGACUGCGAGAAAGAUUCGUACGGAUCGUUCAGGGCAUUUCGCUUGCACAAUUUUCAAAGGUAAUUACCACAAAAAUGUCGAAGAAACCAGGAGCUACCCAAGCAAUGCAUAAAGUUAUAAUGGUUGGGAGUGGAGGUGUUGGAAAAUCUGCUCUUACUUUACAGUUCAUGUAUGAUGAGUUUGUUGAAGAUUAUGAACCUACAAAAGCAGAUUCCUAUAGAAAAAAAGUUGUAUUAGACGGAGAGGAAGUACAAAUAGAUAUUUUAGAUACUGCAGGACAAGAAGACUAUGCGGCAAUUCGAGACAAUUACUUUCGUAGUGGAGAAGGAUUUCUCUGUGUAUUCUCGAUAACAGAAGAUGAUAGUUUCCAAGCUACACAAGAAUUUAGAGAACAAAUUCUCAGGGUAAAAAAUGACGAGAACAUUCCAUUUUUAUUAGUGGGAAAUAAAAGUGAUUUACAAGAAAAAAGGAAGGUUAGUCUAGCUGAAGCUCAAGCAAGAUCUCAACAAUGGGGUGUUCCUUAUGUGGAAACAAGUGCUAAGACAAAAGAAAAUGUAGACAAGGUAUUUUUCGACUUGAUGCGUGAAAUAAGAUCACGCAAAAUUGAAGAUAAGUCAGCAAGCAAUGGUCGAGGUAAAGACCGUGCCAAGAGGAAGAAAAAGAAGUGCAUUAUUCUAUAGGUUUUCUUUGAUCUAAUGCGAGCAAUAGCUGCUCGCAAGGCACAGGAAAACCAGGGAGAUGGGAGUGAACGUAAGAAGAAAACAAACUGCUGCAUCUUGCUAUAACAAACCUAAAACAGUGUGUAGCUUGUGUUACAAAAAGUUCAGCUCCUAUAAUUGAAAGCUAAGCAUAAGAGAAUUGUAUUUAUACAAAAAUGAAAGAGUUUUCUGACACUUUACAGUGAGUUGAUACUCUUAAUCUUUACUGUUCACUGUAUCACAUACAGAAUAUAUUCGAAUUCUCUUAAGACACACACAUAUACAAUAUAUAUACAUACAUAUAUAUAUAUAUAUAUAUAUAUAUAUAUAUAUAUAUACAUAUUAUAUAUUCACGAAAAUGUUUUCCUAUUCAAAAUAUUCAAAGAAUAUUAUAGUUUUUUUAUGAAAUUAUUAAAAAAAAAGAUUCGAUAGCAAUACAUUUUUAUUAUUUGUUCUGUCUUAUUAUAUUAUUAUAUAUAAUACAUUCCUAUGUAUAAUUUGAAUUAGAAGACGAAAUAUUAAUUUUCGUGAGAUUUAUAAUAUCACAAAAUUGUAUGCAAAAUAACUUGCAAAAUUACUUAGAGUGCUGAAACCUAAAAUAAUGUUAAUAUAUAUGAGGACAUUAAAAAUGUGUAAAUAAUAUUUAUAUCUCUUUUAAAAGAAUAUUAUUUGUUUUGCUUUUUCUAUAUAUUAUUUGUGCAAAUAAUGUAAUUACAUUCAUGUUGAAAUAAAAUAUUUGCAUUCUUAGUUGACCUUCUUGCAUUUCUUAUUUACGUACAACCUUCAAUGAGUUCAGCACUCUUUAUUAUGUUUAAAACUCAUUUAGUAAAAAUUAUGAAAUUGUAUGAACGAGAUUAAAUAUUCUGGAUAUUUCGACUUACUCAUUAAUAUAGAAUAAAGUUGCAAUAUAUAAAGCAGUCACAACACUGUAAAGCAAUGAAAACUGUUGUAAAUUAUAUAAGUAAUAUUUGUUUAUGUAUAUAUAUAUAUAUAUAUAUAUAUAUAUAUAUAUAUAUAUAUAUAUAUAUAUAUAUAUAUAUAUAUCCGUGUGUUUUAUAUAGUUUUAAUAUCACUAUGUUUUAUUUUAUAAUUAUUUUUGUUACAAUUUUUUUAUAGUAUAAUAGUUUGAUAUCUCGAAUGUGUGAAUGUAAGUUUUACAAUAAUUCAUAAUACGCAUUAAUAAUAAUUUUUCUAUUUUUUUAUAUAAUGUUAUAUGUAUACAUCUUUUAUAUAAUAAAAUUAUAUAUACAUAUAACAUUAUACACAUUAUUAAUUUUAUUAUAUAAAAAAUGAUCAUAUUUUGUAUGCAAAUAACUUUAGAUUUUAAACAUAAAUCCGGAAUAAAAUUUAAUAAGAAAACUUAAUUAUAAUUUCAAAUUUUUGCAAUAAAAUAUUGCAGUGACUUAUAAUAAUAUUUAGCACUUGUCAUUCGCACACUUGAAAUAUUAGACUACAAUAUAAUAAAAUAAAUUUUUAUGUUUACCAUGGUAGACUGGUGAUUAGAGACUGAUUGUGUAAUUAUAAGUCGCUUAUAAAAAAAAAACCAAAAAAAAAAAAAAAAAAAACAGAAAAGCAAAAAAACUUCUACCUCCGUGAGGCACAUUUAUGCAAAUAUUUAAAAUAACUAAAUUUUAAUACAGCUUUUUGAAAAAUGAAUUGACAGCUGUUAUAGAGUGAUUAUUAAUGUUCACAAAAUACAUGUACUAUAAUAGAUUUUUUUAUCAAAGGACAGCAAAAUAUUUGUGUAUUUAAUUUUGAUACUUUUGUACUGUUAAUAUUGAUUGUGCCUUUAAAUGUUCACUGUUAAUGUAACGAGAGGUCAAUCAAAUUUUAAGAUUAUUUAGAGAAGAGUUUUAUGAACAUUUAGAUGCAGAUAUAUUACAUCAGUAUUCGUUAUAUAUACUGUAUACUUUCGCAAUUUUAUAUGUUUAAUAUGCUAUUUUGUCAUAAAUUAAAAGUCAUUUUAUGUCA